ACUCUCCAACAACAUAACCAAACACAAAACCUAUUCUUAUUAUCUCAGAAAUCUAGAUCAAACAAACACUCUCUUUGCUUUUUCGCUAUCAACUUUCCUCACUCCUUCAAGAAUGGCUCGCACCUUUGUUCUUAUGUUGGUUGCGGCAUUGCUAUUGAGCUCCACCAUGGCUCAAUCUCCAGCUUCGUCUCCUGCGUUGUCGCCGGUGGCUACUCCGCCGAGGAGGGCAUUGUCUCCGACUCCCUCCGCCGUGUCUCCACCUCCCACCGCCGUGUCGCCGUCAUCUGAGUCACCAGCGGUUUCACCUACCACCGGAGCCUCUCCUCCAUCUCCACCAACCACUCCUUCUGAGGCCCCAAGUGGUGAUGUUCCCAGCGUCACUCCUUCUUCCAUCUCUGGUCCUCCAGCUGGAGCACCAGAACCAGCUUCCAACGGUGCCGUUUUGAACAGAGUUACCGGAUCCGCCAUGGUCCUCGUCAUCGCUGCGGCCAUGCUCUUCUAGAUCCGACUCUAUUCAGUUAUCUUUAUUUUUUCAUAAAUACCGAGUCAUGAACUACAUUAUUUAUUUUUUGGGGUUGUUCUAGGGUCAUUGAGGAUUCAUUGAUUUCAUUAUUUUGUAUAUUUUAUUUAUAUUCUUAUUCUUAUUAUUGAAGCAGUUAUACACUUUACAUAUUCUUGUUUCAA